AACACAGAAUGUGAGAGUGAACCACAAGUCCAAAUAAAAACCCUUUUUAUUGUAUUUCUUGAUCAAAAAGGGAAUUUUUGAAACAUAGAAGAAAACACAAUAAUCUCUCAUUCUCUGAAUCUUCUUCGCUCAAUCAAAACCAAGAAUUGAAUCUAGAGUUUGAAAGUGCGGAUUUUGAUUCCUUCGUUAUAGAAAAAAAUCCAAGUUGAAAGAACCCAAUUUUUUGAUAUUGAGAAAGAGAGAGUUUUAGAGAGAGAAAGAGAGGGUUUGGGGUUAGUUUUAAGGAUGAGUCUUGAUCACGGCUAGGUGAUAUAUGUUGAUGGUUGUAAUGGUUUUGAAAGGAUUUUAGUGUGGCUGAAUGCUUUUGUUUCUAUUUAUUUGUUGAUCUUGAGUAGUACAUGGAAAAGGACCCAACUUCGUUUGGUUUUUAGGGAGGGAGAGGGAUUUUUUAGGGUUUUCUUUUUUAUGUUAGGGUUUGUAAGAAAGGGUUUUAGGUUUUGAUAUUGGGAUUGAGAUAUGGAGGAGAAUGAGGUGGAAGAAGGGGAAGCCUACCAAGAGGAGAAUGAUGAAUCCAACAUUGACCCUGAUGUUCAUCUUUCCUACAUUGAUGAGAAGAUUGAAGUUUGUUUGGGACAUCUAAAGAAAGCUUUUGAAGAGGGCGUUUCUGCUGAUAAUUUGGGACCAAAAUUUGGUGGGUAUGGUUCAUUCUUACCAUCCCACCAACUCUCUCCUAUUGUCUUAUCUCAUCCGAGGACUCCACAGAAAAUUCAGAACUACAAUGCACCAAAGUCGCCUAACAACUUGCAGUCAGAGGAUGCUCUUGAGAAUGCCAAAGUUGCAUCAAGUGUGACCUACGUCAUGGGGCUUGGACCAGAUCGUUCUACAAUUUCUGCAGAGCAGCAUCCUGUUUAUAGAGCUCCAGCAUUUGUCGGGGAUUUUACUUCGGCACACAAACAAGUGUCGAUUAAUCCAAAUGAGAAGAAAACACUGAAGGUCCGAAUCAAAGUGGGCCCUGGUAGUAUGCCGGCUCGGACAAAGGCUGAAAUUUACAGUGGUCUUGGCCUUGAUAUCUCUCCUUCCUCAUCGUUUGAUGACAGUGCCACCGAGAGUGGAGGGUUGUCUCUCGAAUCUCAUGACGCACCUGAUGAAUCUCCGACGAGCAUGAUUCGGAUUAUGACUUCUUUUCCAGUUCCUGGUGAUGUUCUGUUAUCACCUCUGUCGGACAGUCUCUUGCUCUUAAUGAAGAAAGAAAAGCUUAUGGGUGACAAUACAUGUGGCUUAUCCUACAAAAGUAGCCAGGAAAGUUCUGCACCUUGUGUAGAUGAAUCUAGUAUAAGGGGUGAUAGAAAAGUUUGUACUGAGAAAAGGAAACUGGUGGAUAAAAAGUCAGUCGACGUGAAUAACAAAAAUGUUAGUGAUGCAGGUAAAGGUAGUUCUUUCUCGAAGAAGAAAAUAGAUGCCGUUAAUUCAGUACCUUGUAAUGUUAAAGUUUCCCCUAUAUCCAAGUUGAAAGGUGUAACUGAUGACCUAUUUCAAAAUUUUGGUUUGAAAUCUGGGGGAUUGAAUAUACGUGCCAUAAAAGAAGAGUUUGUGUCUGGCAUCUCGAAGAAGGAAAUGUUUGAGCCAAUUGUUGGGCACAGCGUGGAUAGCUCUGGGAAGCAAAAUUUAAAGAUUAACAUGCCCUAUAAGUGUUCGAAAGGUGGAAAAGCGACUCUUCUUAAGGGUGACCUGAUUGAACCAAGAAAUUUCCGGAGGAGGAAAGAUGGCGAAAUCCAGGACCUAUCUAUGAAUAAGAUUGAUGCAUCUAAGGGAAGGGAACAUCUGGAUGUCGGUGGACUUGUUGAUCCUUCAACACGUAAAACAUCCGCUGCUAAACAUGGAAUAAAAGUGACUCUCGCGAGGAGAAAAUCAUCAGAUGGGGGCAAUUUGAAACUUAAUGGGAUUGUAGGGAAAGAUGUUCCAGCUGAAGAGUUUCCUAAAAGAAUCUCAAAGGUUGCUUCUUCUUCAUCUGGGAAAGUAAAAACGAAUAAAACAGGUGAGUUCCCUUUAACGAGUAAAAUUGGGAAUAAGAGAUUACACAAGGAUUCUGGUAAACCCAGAGAAAGGAGUACUGAUCUUUGUGGGGUCGCAAAAGUCGAGCUGCUAGAGAAUAGAAUGGAUUUGCUGGAAACUCCUAGAUAUAAGGCAAUCGACUCAGUGCUCCAUGUAGAGGAGAAAGAAAAUCCCAACAUUACUGACAAAGCAAAGGAAAGAUCAAAUGUCACCAGAAAGGUUGAGAACCUGCUGUCUUCUGAAGCAUAUACAAAGUUGAAUCCCAUUGUUACCCUGUUAACAGGAAGUGAGCCUGUUUCCGAUGUUCCUGCCGUGGAUCAGUGGGUUGGCUGCGACAAGUGCUCCAAGUGGCGUCUUAUACCAUAUGGUAUGGAUCCCGAAAGCUUUCCCAAAACGUGGCACUGUGGCAUGCUUGACUGGCUGCCCGGAAUGAACCGAUGUGAUUUCACCCAGGAUGAAACAACAACAGCUUUCUACGCACUGUACCAACUCCCUCCUGUACCUGUGAAUCAAAAUGUGAACAAUCUUCCUCAUGAGGCUGUUGCACCAGGAGUAACUUUGGCUGGUCAGCAUAUGAAUUUAACUCACAGUGGUGAUGAUUCGCAUGGUGGAUUUAAUGUUGGAAAGAAGAAACUACAAAAAGGAGCACCGAAGGCAUACCAAAAAGACAUAUCUAACUCCACAGAGAACAGUUUAAAGGCUUCUUUGAAGAGCAGAAACUUACAUGAUGUGGUCCAAUCACCACUGGAAUCUGAUCCCUCGAACUUUCUGCGGUCAAAUGAUGUAAAGCACCCUAGAGUAAAUAGGAAAAGGGGGGAAGAUCAGGAUGAGCUUAAAGUCUCAAAGAAAAGGAAGUCAUUAGAUUGUGGUAAUGAGCACUGGAUGAAUGACCAUAGCCAGGAGGCUGCAAAAAGCGGUCCCAAUUCCAUGAAUGUUAUUGCAAAGAACGUGAUUGUUAAGGAUGUCAAAUGUGGUUCCAAGGACAGAACAAUAGUUUCCAUAAAAAAUUCCAAGGGACAAGUUGCGGUUCCUGUGAAAGAUGGAGGUAUUGUUGGGAAGAAGAGGAAGGUUAAGGAGUGGCAGAAGAGUGAAAUUUAUCCACCAGAGAGCCACCCGAGUACUGUUCCUCAUUUCAGUGACAGCAGUUAUUUUGUGAAGGAGGAAACUAAUGAGAGUGAGCAAGGAAAGGAAAAGAAGGCGAGGGUAUCUAAACCGGAGGUCAAGGAGUUAAGUUUAAGCAAGGGGGUUGAUAAAACUGCCAAACGAGGUAGGGGAACUCGAAUUCUUAUAUCCAAUAGUAAAAGUACAUUACCUGUUGAAACGAAAGAAAGCAUUGGCGGAUAUCUUGACAAGGAACAGCAACUGGGGCAAUAUUUAGGAGAAAGUACAGCCUCUCCACGGUCUUUGGAUGGUAUGGAAAUCCUUAAAAAGGAUAUAGGAGAUAUACAGAAUACUGUUGCUCCUUCUUCAAGCUCUUCCAAAGUAUCAGGCUCUUCCAAAACAAGAUAUGACAUUCAGGAGGUUAAAGGCUCACCAGUAGCGUCAGUUUCUUCAUCCCCUUUGAGGAACUCCAACCCAGUGAAGAUUAUACGGGAAAGAAGGAAACCUUGGGAGAAGGAUGAUGCAACCACUAUUAAGUUCUCUGCCGGGGGUGGCAGUUCUCUAAGAUGCCCUGGCAAUGAACCGGAUGGUGGGAAUUUUGAGACUGAAAGGAUGGAGGGAGUUAUUCCUCGAAGCUCCCGGGUAUCAUCUGGGGUCCAUCAUCAGGAUAGAGAUGUUAUUCACCCUUUAAAUGGUGAAUCUAAAGCACAAGCUAUAUCUUCUGCGUCCAAUGCUGAUGAUCAUAAUUUGGUGAAUAGUAACCGCUACAACUCUACUGGGUCUAAGGUGAAGAAAUCCAAGGAGUCCUUACAAUCAAAUGAUAAGAUUAGAAGUUCAAAAUCUGCUCAUGGUGAAUGCGAUGCAAAGGUCUUCAGUCCAUACCCUGAGCAGGAGCAGUAUCAAAAAAAGAACUUGAGAUUUCAGAUGGGGAUGGGACCACAGAAUACUUCAUAUAAUGAAGAACCAAGGAUUGAAAAGAGCAGCUUUGUGGAGAAGUGUGCUGUUGAGACCAGUAAGGUUGAGAAGAAUAGGUCUAGCAAGAAAGAUCCCAUCGGAAUUCCUCCAACUGUAGGUAAAAUAGAUGAUCGGCCUAAAUUUGGCGGAAAUGAAGAUUCUUCAGAAGUAAAAUUGAAUGGUACUAACAGUAAGGCUGGAAAAUGCAGACCGAAGCAAACCUCACUGCAGUUCCAUGAAACUGACGAGGCUCCAAGCAAGUUCGCCUCCGAGAGAUUAACAAAUCAUCUGGGUAUAGCAACUGAAAAAGAGAAACCGCUGCCGUGUUCUGGGGAUAAAGAAGAGUUAUUAGCACACUUAAAUCAACCAGUAGCUGGGAAGAUCAGCAUCAGUGGAUCAGAUACAGUGGUUGACACCCUUGGUAAUACUUUGAAGAUAUCUGAAGGUCCAACGAAGCUUGAGAACUACAGUAAGACUCACUCAAGACAAUCUACUACCUGCGGGUAUCUGGCCAAGGAUCUGAAUGCCACCCAGAUUUCUGUUAAAAAGGAUCCUUCGAGUCAGGCUGCUGCAAAUGCUAUUAAAGAAGCCAAGGAUCUUAAACACACGGCUGAUCGACUUAUGAAACUUGGUCAAGAGCUUGAAAGUGCUGAAAUAUACUUCCAGGCGUGUUUGAAAUUUCUUCAUGGUUCGUCACUUUUAGAACACUGCAACACUGAGAGUACCAAACGCGGAGAUAUGAAUUACAUGAUAGAAAUGUAUAGCAGUACCGCGAAACUCUGGGAUUAUGUUGCCCAUGCAUAUGAAAAACUCAACGUAAUGGCUGCAGCUGCUCUAGCUUACAAAUGCACUGAAGUAGCAUACAUGAAGGUUAUUUAUUCUAAAAAUUUGAUUGUAAACAAGGAUCGACAUGAAUUGCAAGAAGCUCUUAAAAUGGCACCUCCAGGUGAGUCUCCGUCGUCAUCUUCCUCGGGUGUUGAUAACUUAAACAAUCAAGUCACGCUGGAUAAGGUUGCAUUAGCCAAGGCUGACGGUUCUCAAAUUACUGCGAGCCAUGAAAUUGUUGCUCGAAACCAUCCCAAAUUUGUGCGGUUACUCAACUUUGCAGAGAAUGUUAAUAAUGCAAUGGAGGCUAGCAGAAAAUCUCAAAACACACUCGCACUUGCAGCUGCUAAUGCAGGUGCAGAGGUUAUGUCUUCUGUUAAGAGUGUCAUUGAUUUCACAUUCCAUGACAUAGAUGGAUUACUUCGUCUUGUACGGCUUGCAAUGGAAACCAUUAGCCGUUGAGAUCACAAUGGGCAGGAAAAAAUGUGAACCCUGUAAAUUCAUCUAGUUCCCGUGGUUUACUUCUGAGUAUGCUGGCCAUUUGGAGGAGCCGAUGAAAAAAAGAAGCUUGUUGUAUCUCUUCGCAGCACUCAAGAGUACUGGUGGAAAAUUCAGAAAUGUUAUCCUUUCUCUUUUGUAACAUGUGUACGAAAUGAGAUCCAGCAACUUCGCGAUGUUUUGGUUUUGAUAUGGAUAUUGAGCAAAACCACGAGUUCUAAUGGUAGUUAAGAGGAAGAAGGGGUUUCUUUGUACAAGUGACAGUCGGUCCAAUGAGGGUUUGGGGGUUAUACUGAACUGUGCAUAUAUGGCCAUUUGAAGAUGAAGAUAGAGAUAAUGAUGAUAAAUGUGUUAAGUAGGCUUAGAACUUUACAGUCUGAUUGAUCCCGUCUUUCUGGCAUUUCUGCAGAAGGUCCCAAGUUUUGAUCUCUUUUGUUUACCAAUGGAAAUAGAUAGAUAUAACAUAGUUAGUUAUGAGGAGUUUGAAAAGAUGUACAUACAUACAGCAAAUAUUCUAUUGAAUCUAUUCUCAAGUUCAGUUUUCAUGGUGCUUUUGGUUGCUCUUGUACAAACUUGCUUUGAAGCCAAUCGCAGUAGAAAUCCUCAGGUUGUGUUAUUCAUGGCCUCUUCCGACUUUCAACAAUCCAAUAUGACAUCAUUCUUUUCUAAAUGGAGAAACAAUCAGAAAUUAGUUAGACAACAGAAUAAGCAAAGAAAUUAUUUUAGGUUGCGAGUUUGCAUUGUAGGAGUUCUAUCUGUACUGGCUCUGAGUUUCUCACUACAAGGUUAUUUAUGUCUUUCUGUAUGCCUAAUAAACUCGUUUAAGAUUUGUGGUGGUGCAAGUAUUUAUUUUGGGGAUACAUGGAAAGAGGGAGAUCUAAUUGGUCACUUGUAUUAGAAUAGUAAGGCCACUAACAAUAUCAGAGAUGUAUCCAGUGAGGUAGAUGUGUAUAUAUUGACAAAGGUUGUUCUUGGUAUUCAGAUGAGUUCUUGCAGUAAUGGUGGUAGACUGGUAGUUGAUGGUGGCAACCAACAAAAUGAACAAGUUCAUGAUUUUUUUGGUAUUGGCAAUGCACAACUUGCACCAUAUUUAUCUUUCAACAUCUGAGGCGUCACCAUUGACCACCGUGCCAUUGUAAAGUAACAAAUUAGAAGAGUUUACUUGACUUGAUAUGAAUUAUACAGGAUUUACUACCCAUUGUUGCAUUUAGAAGAGUUUACUUUUUAAAUUAUUUUGUCGUGGUGCUUCGGAAACUAGAACACGUGUCUAUUGAGACCUGAAAUUAGGCCAGAAGCACUAGACAAAGGCUAAAGCUGCCCGACUAUCAACCACAGGAUUGUAUAAAUAUGAAUGUACUGAUGUACUACGAAAGUCAUGAAUUCUGAAAAAGAACACUUCCACCCUCA